CCCCCCCCCCACCCUCUUUCUCCUCGUGCCUCCUCACCCCACCCCAUGGCCACCACCACCACCACCCACUGCUCCUCCUCCCACCCCGUUACUUAUCGCGGCUGCCGCUCUACUGCUCCGGCGCCAUAGAGACGCGCGUGUCGACCGAUCAAAGCCGCCGAUCGAGCUCGAGGCGGAGGAGGGAGCGAGCAGACGGAGCAGACUGGUGAGUUGAAGCUUGAGCGGGAGGUGGCGUUUGGCUCCGGCGGGCACCGGAUCGGAGAUGGUGCUGGAUCUCAAUGUGGCGUCGCCGGCGGACUCGGGCACGUCGAGCUCGUCCGUCCUCAAUGUGGCGUCGCCGGCGGACUCGGGCUUCCGCUUCGGCUUGCUCGGGAGCCCAGAGGACGAGGACUGCUCCGGCGAGCUGGCGGCGCCGGGCGCCUCCUCGGGAUUCAUGACGCGGCAGCUCUUCCCUCCUUCGGCCACGCAGGAGCCGGAGCCGGAGCCGGCGCCGGUAUGGCAGCCGCGCCGCGCCGAGGAUCUCGGCGUGGGGCAGAGGGCGGUGGUGGUCGCGAAGAAGACGCGGCGCGGGCCGAGGUCGCGGAGCUCGCAGUACAGGGGCGUCACCUUCUACCGGAGGACGGGCCGGUGGGAGUCGCACAUCUGGGAUUGCGGGAAGCAAGUUUACUUAGGUGGUUUUGACACUGCGCACGCGGCUGCCAGGGCUUAUGAUCGUGCUGCCAUCAAGUUCCGAGGGCUCGACGCUGACAUCAACUUCAGUUUGAGCGACUACGAGGAUGAUUUGAAGCAGAUGAGGAAUUGGACCAAGGAGGAGUUCGUGCACAUACUCCGCCGCCAGAGCACGGGGUUCGCGAGGGGCAGCUCCAAGUACCGCGGCGUGACGCUGCACAAGUGUGGCCGCUGGGAGGCGAGGAUGGGCCAACUGCUGGGCAAGAAGUACAUCUAUCUUGGGCUCUUUGACAGCGAAGUUGAAGCUGCAAGAGCAUAUGACAGGGCAGCCCUUCGCUUCAAUGGGAGGGAAGCUGUUACUAACUUUGAGCCUAGCGCCUACAAUGGAGGAGAGGCUCUACCCGACACCGAAAAUAGGGCAAUUGUUGAUGGUGAUGGUGAUGGUGAUGCGGUUGAUUUGGAUUUGCGAAUUUCACAACCUAAUGUACACGACGCCAAAAGGGACACCACCUUAGCUGACCUCCAGCUAACAUGCGACUUCCCAGAAUCUUCAAAUACGAUGACCUCUCAGCCAAUGAGCUCAUGGUCCCAGUGGCCUGUGUAUCACCAAAGCACAACAGUACCACCUCACCAUCAGCGCUUGUACUCAUCUGCUUGUCCUGGCUUCUUUCCGAACCUCCAGGAAAGACCAAUGGAGCGAAGGCCUGAGCUGGGUCCCCAGUCAUUCCCCACAUGGGGAUGGCAGAUGCAGGGCUCCCCUCACGUGCCAUUGCACCACUCUGCAGCAUCAUCAGGAUUCUCUACCGUCGUCGGCGCGAGCGCCGGCGUCCCGUUGCCGUCUCACCCACCGGCGUCGUUCCCGGACCACCAGUUCUACUUCCCCCCGACCGCUUGACAACCUGUUGUUCCGGUUCAACUCUUGGCCUUUGGGACGCCAGCUCAUCUUGUAUGUGGCGUUUCACGGCUUGCCGGUAACCGUUGCUUAUUAAUCGGAGAGAGAGCCAGAAGACCCAGUAUGGCUGAUCGCUCUGUGGUCUUUGCCUUGUUAUGAUCCGAGUCAUUGCUAGCACACCGUGGAUUCACCAUGGUUUAUGAGAUGUUUUUACCCACGUUUCAGCUUCAAGGUGCAUAGUCUAUGCAUGGAUCAUGAUCAUAUAUACAUGAUCUGUAGAAACUUAAGAUGCUUUGAACAUAUCAAACUUUUCAGUCACAUUCGAAUAAA